GCAAAAAAAAAAAAAAAGAGUUAUAUGAGGGAUAGGUGGGCAGCAUGGGCCAUAUAGAAACAAUUCCAGCGGCAGCGGUAACGGCAGAGACCUUCUGCACGCCCAACAACAAUAUCAACCCCAACUCCAAGACUAUCCCCACAUCUACCUUAUUGAUGAUUCUCCUUCUCUUUCUCUAUACUCAAUAAAUAUAUAUAUACAUAUAUACAAAAACUUUACGUAUAUGUGGGGUGUGUGAAUAAUACCCAUAUAAACAAGUGAUGAAAAAUUCAAUGAAUAAUAAAUACGAGUUGAUAAGAAACACAAGAGUUGAGAAAGAGCCAAACCAAAGCUAAAGCCACGGCAAAAGAAGAAGAACAAAGCAAAGGAAAGAAAACCAAGAACCAGAAUAAGACGGGCUACCCCUCUCUUUCUUUCUUGGACUGAUUCUAUAUUUAUAUCUUCUCUCUCUUAUAUGCUUUCAAAAGCAUUUUUUAGCAAACCAAAGAAGCAAGCAUAAGGAAGAAACAAAAAAAAGAAAAGUGAAGGGAGCACACGCAGAAAAUUGUGUGUUGUUCUUGGAAAUGGCUUAAAAAGAUUCAUUUCACUCUUUAACCUCACUCACUCUCUCUCUUUGAAAAAGCUUCUUUCUUUAUCUUAUCCUCAUUCUUUACAUUUCUUUGGUAUUUUCUUGAAGGGUGUAACUAAAGAGUCUGCCUUGGUUUAGGGCAUCUUCUUCUCUAUUCAUGCUGUUUAUGUGUUAGCCUUUAAUCAGAGAGAACCCCACCCACCCACCAAUCACACAUCUCUUCAUUACCAUCUUCCAACUUAGAAUCCAUUUUCUCUAAUAUAUAUAUAUAUAUACAUCUAUCAAUCUACCUUUCCUUUCUCAAUUCUGAUCAUAGAAAUGGCUGUUCAAGCUCAAUACCCAUCAAAUGUUCUCUUUCUAAACCGAAAUGUACAAGAAGGAAAAACCCCACUUGGUAAUGAUUAUUCAUUGCAAUCUCAACCUGGUGGUGGUGGCGGAGGAGGAUCUUUUCUUGAUCAAACACAAAUGUUAUUCAAUCCAGGAGCUGGGGCAAAUUCAAGGAAGAGAGGAAGAGAACUUACAAGUACAACGGCAGCAAUGAAUCCAUUGAUGUCAAUGCAAUCUCAGCCUCAACCGCAACUCAUCGACCUCACUCAACUUCACACAUCGCCUCCUUCGCAGCAACAGCCACCCAACCUUGUCUCCACCGGACUCCAUUUAGCGUUCGGAGACCAACAUCAACACCAACACCAACACCAACAACAACAUCAAUUACAACAACAACAACAACAUCAUCACCAUCACUCUCUUUCUCCUCAAUCCUCUCAAUCAUCAGCUUUCUAUUCAAUACUAACAGAAGACUUAGCUACUCAUAUCAAACAACAACGCGACGAAAUUGAUCACCUCCUCCUAAUUCAGGGAGAGCAAUUGAGGCGUACAUUAGCAGAGAAAAGGCAAAGUCACUACCGUGCACUGAUCGGAGCAGCAGAGGAAUCAAUGGCACGAAGGCUAAGAGAAAAAGAAGCAGAGAUGGAGAAAGCAGCUCGGCGAAACGCUGAACUAGAAGCGCGUGCAGCGCAAUUAAGCGCAGAGGCACAGGCUUGGCAAGCUAGAGCAAGAGCACAGGAAGUAACGGCAGCAACACUUCAAGCUCAGCUGCAACACGCGAUGAUCAACGGCGGAGGUUGUAAUGAGAUAAACGACGGUAACGGCGGCGAACCGGAGGAUGCUGAAUCAGCGUACAUUGACCCGGACCGAGUUGUUGAGUCUACCGGCGGUCCGAGUUGCAAAGCGUGUAGAAAACGAGUCGCCUCAGUGGUAGUACUGCCGUGUCGCCAUUUGUGUAUCUGUACAGAAUGUGAUGCUGUUGCUCAAGCUUGCCCGUUGUGUUUCGCCAUUAGAAGCUCAAGUGUUGAGGUCUUUCUCUGUUAGAAAAAGUCCAAAUCAAGGCCCACUUUGUUUUUUGGCCCAAACCCAAGCCCGAGUCCUGCACUUAGAACUUUUCAAAUUAAUGUUCUAAUGGUAAAACAAAAAAGGAGUUUAAUUUUGAAAAAGAAAAAACAGUAAACAUAAAUGAAGAAAACAUGAAACAAAAAUAAUAUUUCAUUUAAUAACUAUAUAUUCCUUUUUUUCAGAUUUUUUUUU